ACAUUAUAACCGACACGUCGCUAAUACUUCAGUGUACAAAUUUAUCCAAAACUAUCCCGAGAAAUUCUAGCCAGUACAAAGACGAAGAAACAAGAAGAGAAACGAAACGAAUCCGCCACGGCGAUGUUGCAUGUAUUCUCUUCCCACAAUCUUCAUACCCGCCAACCAUUUCUGGGUUUUCAUCAUCACCGCCCUAAUCCUCUCCCCAAUACAGCCUUCCUUUCCGCCGCAUGGGCGCUGAAACCAACGGCCGAGAUUCAUCUACGCAGAGGACAUUCAAUAAAGUGUAUGGCGAACCCUCGGAGAGUGAAAAUGGUGGCAAAACAAAUAAUGAGAGAGCUUUCGGAUAUGCUCUUAACUGAUAAAGUGUUGCAAUUUGCAGUCUUGCCUGAAGCUGCCUUAGGAGCCGACCGCUAUCUCUCUUCUCUUACCACUAUUAGCGACGUUGAAGUCUCCGGUGAUUUGCAAGUGGUAAAAGUAUAUGUAUCUGUUUUUGGAGAUGAUAGAGGGAAGGAGGUUGCAAUUGCUGGGUUGAAAUCUAAAGCUAAGUAUGUUCGUAGUGAGUUGGGUAGGCGUAUGAAGUUGCGGCUGACUCCUGAGAUACGCUUUAUUGAAGAUGAAUCUUUAGAGAGAGGAAGCAGGGUAAUUGCAAUAUUAGAUAGGAUUAAGGCAGAAAAAGAGGUUUCAAAAAGUCAAAAGGGGGAACAACUUGAAUCAGAUGAUUUGCCCGAAGAUGAGAAAGAUUGGGAGGGUGAUGAUCCUGAUGAAGACAUCAUAUAUGUGAAAUAGCAGUGCGCUUAGUCAAGCCAGCAUUUUAAUUGUUCAUCUUACAGCAGAACUACCAUGUUCUGAGGUAUUCUUAGUCUUUAGUAGAGAUGAUUGCCAUUUAAACUUAUUGAUAGACAUCCUAAGCCAUCCCAAAUUCUCAAAUAUGAUGGCCACGCAAACAAAGUCGAGCUCAACAAGAUAAAAUUGCUUUAGCUCGAGUUGGUUCAUUCAAGCUGAACAAUGAGCCAGACCCGACAUAUUUCAACUCAAAUUCAUCCCUAUAUGUGGAACCAAAACUUGGAACAUGUUUAAGAAUGUUAAGGAUGGUAUUUCAUCAUUACUAAGACUAUGGUGCAAAGAUUAGUUGUUUUCA